AUGACGCUGAUAUCUAUGUUAGAACAUUCAAUCCAGCAUUACGGCAGUAAACCGGCAUUGGCACAUAAACCGAAAGGUGGUACCUAUCAAGACAUCUCUUACACUGAACUUGGCGAAUCGGUGGACGCUUUUAGUAAAGGGCUAAAUGCCUUAGGGGUGCAAAAGGGCGAUCGGGUCGCGCUUCUCUCUGAGAACCGUCCCGAAUGGGCAAUCACGGAUUUUGGUUGCCUCAAAGCCGGUGCGGUAACCGUGCCGAUGUUCUCAACGCUAACUGCGGCACAGGUCGGUUACAUCCUAAAAGAUUCCGGAUCAAAAAUUAUCUGCGUCUCCACGAGCAGGCAGUUGGAGAAGGUAACCGCUAUCCGAGACGAAGUGCCGACGCUUGAACAGAUAAUUGUCUUUGAUCCGAUUGAAGGCGAAUGCCCAGAGGGUGUUAUCCAAUUUGAGGCAGUCUGUGAACUGGACGGAGAUGGACAAGGAAUCGGGGCGUGCAAAUCGCUUAUCGACAUCAGUGAUGCAGACGUGUUGUUGUCGUUCCUACCGUUAUCGCAUGUGUUUGAACGGCUCGGUGGGCACUACGUGCCGUUGAUCUCCGGUGCGAAGGUGGCAUACGCCGAGAGCACGUUCACGGUGGCACAAAACAUGCGGGAGGUCGCUCCGACGGUGAUGCUCAGUGUGCCGAGACUCUAUGAAACCAUGCAUGACAGAAUUCUGCGUACCGUGCAGGAAGGCUCAUCGCUCAAACAGAAGAUUUUCCAUUGGGGUGUUUCCGUUGGUUCAUCAGUCAGUUCAGCGAUUCAAAAGGGGAAAAAGCCGUCUGCAAUUUUGCAAUUACAGCAGAACAUCGCGGACAAACUGGUCUUCGCGAAAUUGAAGGCAGCGACGGGUGGUCGACUACGCUUUUUCGUCUCAGGGGGUGCGGCGUUACCGCAAUCGAUCGCCGAAUUUUUCCACGCGGCGGGGAUACUGAUUUUGGAGGGGUACGGCUUAACGGAAACCUCACCUGUCAUCAGCAUGAACCAUCCAGCACAAUGGAAGUUCGGAACUGUCGGCGUGCCUGUCCCCGGUGUAGAGGUACAAAUCGCUGAAGAUGGUGAGAUUUUAACCCGUGGUCCACACGUCAUGAAGGGCUAUUUUAACAGCGAAUCCGCGACAGCAGAGGUUAUCAAUGGAGAGGGCUGGUUUCACACAGGCGAUAUCGGCAUCAUUGAUGAGGACGGGUUUGUCAAGAUUACCGACCGGAAGAAGAACAUCAUUGUGCUCUCCAACGGUAAGAACGUUGCACCGCAACCGAUAGAGAGUGAGUUGGUGCAAAGCCCCUUUAUCAACCAGAUUAUAUUGGUUGGCAACGAACGCAAGAAUCUCGCUGCACUGAUCGUUCCCAAUUUUGAUGCACUCAAGGCGUGGGCAGCCGAGAAUAACGUUGCGACAGAUGAUCUUGCGACAAUGUUUGAAACGCGCGAGGUGAAACAACUCAUUCAACGUGAAAUUCGGAGCCGUUUAACCGAUUUCGCGGACUUUGAACAGGUGCGACGGUUCACGCUGCUUGAUAAGGAAUUUUCCCAAGAAGCCGAUGAGAUGACCCCCACGCUAAAGUUGAAGCGGAACGUUAUUAUAAAGCGAUACGGGGAAGCAAUUGAGAAAAUGUAUCCAGAGGACCCCUAA